CGGAAGUGUAAAUAAUUCUCCAUGCCGAAGGAAACAAUCAUGACAAAAGAUCAUGAAUGGCCUCCACGUGACCCUCUCGGAGAUUGGAGAUAACGUAACCUCCAGGCUGCACUAACCCAGAUGCGUUAGUGCCAUCAACAUCCACCAAGAUGGUCCCGCGCCUAACGGUCAGUGACGACGGGUCGAUGUGACAUACCGAACUCGUUCUUAUCUUCACCGAUCCUGGUCUGAUCGGCAUUGGCAUCAACUACUCGCUGAACUGUGCAGGUUUUUCCGUGGUCAACAGAAGCUGCACCGACAAUGAGUGGGAUUAAGGGGGUAUUCAAGGAGGGCUGGCACCCCAAGGGCAAAGAAGGGCAAAAGGAGAGUUGGCGGGGUGACUUCAAAGGCAUUAACCAAGUGGCCGGAUGGAUGGGGAAAGGCAAAGACAAGGAUAGCGAGCGUGAGGAACAUGUUUCGAGGCCGCUCUCCUCGCUCAAGGACCCGGCAGCUUUUGGACCACCACCGAAGCAUAUCAAAUAUCAUGGCGCCGCUGCUGUCCCAAAUCAGACAACACCAGACCGGAGGGGCCUAGGUGCCCCCGUAUCGCAAGAGCAGAUUCACCAACAGGAUACUCGCCAACAAGAAGAGCAAGCGGAAGCUGAGACAGAACCCCAGAAACCAGCACCCCCUCCGUUACCGUACCGUGCGAACCGGACAGGCGUAGAUCCGAGUACCCUUCCCCCUCCCCCCGUUAGACGCACGGGGUCACCAGCAGAUCUUGCGGCUUCCGGAACUAAGCCUAGCAUCCCACCCCGAAUUCCUCCACGGACCAAUUCGACGCCGCAGUCCCAUUCACCUACUCCUCCUCCUGCAUACUCUCCUCAUUCUACCACAGAACAAUCCUCUGAUGGCUACCUGAAUCAAGGGGCUACAUCCCGCCUUGCUCAGGCGGGAGUUUCCGUUCCCUCUCUGGGAAUCGGAAACCGUGACGAUUCACCGAGGUCUGCGUCCCCAGCUACGGGUGGGUCAAUUGGUCAAGCCCCGGUCAGUGAGCUGCAAACGCGCUUCUCCCAAAUGAGGACGAAUUCUGGCAAUCCGUCUCGACCUCCUCCCCCGCCGGCCCGGGGAAGCCUAUAUGGACGUGAGUCCUCCACUGUGUCUACGUCAGAUGCGCAGAGUGCUACGUCCGCUAUCAAGGAUUUCCGCGAGAAACACGACGACAAAAUUCAAGCUGGAAAGCAGAAGCUCAGUGGUUUCAAUGAGAAGUACGGGAUCUCCCAGCGGGUAAACAGCUUCUUUGACGACCGGAAGGGUUCCACACCUUCGGACCAAGCGCCACCGCCCGUGCCUCCUCAUCCCAAUCUGAGUCGUUCCAACUCGAGCGUUGAUACUGAGUCCAUCAGUCGAAAGAAGGCACCACCACCCCCUCCCCCCAAGAAGUCAGGGAUGCGAUCUACACCGGUGAAUGCACCGUCCACCACACCUCCUCCGGUGCCACUUGGUACCAAACCCCGCUGAGCGGAACAUUCAGCCCAUGAAUACUACCCUUGGCUCUGCUUUAUUCUUUUUCUUACGUACUCUAUAAAGGCAUCUCGGAAUCUUGAGUUGUUGUAGCGAUUGUAUCAUUACUCAUUUGGCGUUGUCUUGCUUAGGUAGCAUAUCGUUAUCAUUGCCAUUCUAAACUGUAAAAAUCUGUACAGUGAGAUAACGGAUGUUCAGCAAGUGGAGAUAUCAAGCAGAUGUAGAUGCGGAACGGGGCAACGAUAUCAUGUCAGUGCGCUUGAAUGGUGGGUGAUUGAUAUGAUUCCUGCUACAUGUGCAAACUUCGUAUAUACCGAUACAUGAAUGCUGAUACGUCAUAAUAUGAAUUCAACAGUUUUUGU